GAUCAGGUUCACAAUUUAUUUGGAGAACAAAUACAUUUGUUUUGGUUUGGAUGGAUCUUGGUGAUUGACAAGAAAAUUACACUUAGAAAACAACACCUCAUCUGUUUUCUAGAGUGAGACUCUUUUUGGGAAUUGGAAGUCAUUUCUUCUCAAUUUCCUGUUAGCUGAAAGUAAACUCAUUAGCGAAAACCAUCAAACAUACAACCUUGCCAGUUCUAUUGUGUCUCUUUAUUCUCAGAGGCUUUUGCUUUGUUGUUUUCCUUGAUCUCCAUUCUUGUGCUUGGAAACUAUUUGAGUCAGCGGCCAAUAUUAGGGCUGAACCGUUGGCCUCCUGUUUAUUGCGCAACAGCCACAUGUGUCAAAUAAAUACAAGCGUGAGGCGCCCAUUAAGAACCGUGGACAGCACACUUAGUAUCUGCUAAUUCUGUCCGGCGGUAUCUUAAAAAUAAAAUGGACAGAGUGUUUUGAGAGUCACAAAUAGCCCAGUUGCCUGUGGGCAUUAGUAGAAGUCGAAACAACUGGAAUAGGAGUCACAAGACUGCAAUCUGCCAAGUCCUAAAAGCAGACUAGCAACAAGACAGUUUCACAGAGGUAGGGUAGAACUGGGCAUUUUAAAAUAGCCAUGUAAACACUCUCCCUCUACCUUUGUAAUUUUAACCUAGAAUGUCGGUGACGACAGUCUCUCGCAUGGAGACCACGAAUGCCGGAAUAAAUCUGACAUUAUGACACCAGACACCUGGCAGGUCUGACGUCGCAGGGGUAAAUACUUAGAGUCACUAUAAAGCCCCGGGGCCCCCUCAGAACUACAGUUGUUUACCCCUGAGCUCCGGACAGGACCAUAGGGUCGGCUAGAGGAAACAUUUAAAAUCCAAUACGCAGGAUUUUUACGUCACGCCGUGGGAACUGAGUCUUUGCGCAGGAGCUGUCGAAGGGGAGGCGGAACUGAAACAAGCGUGAUCUUGAUUUAAGCAACAAACCUGUACGGUUACUCAUAUUCUGGAGCCUCUGCUUCAGUUUACCAGAAGGAGUUACUGGAGAAACCAAUACUAAGAUUUACCGAGGUAUUGGUGGACUUGCCAAUGUGGUCACUCCAGUGACCUUUUAGGAAUUGCAGCAUAAGUUUCUGAGCCCAAACACAUAUACAGAAGAAUGGCUUUGGAAUUGCACUGUGGGCCGGAGCCUGGGAGUUGUGUGUGGGGUGGAGAGAGAGCUGACCUGCUUGACAGUUUUGACUCCGAGAUGCAGGAAUGGGAAGAUCAGCUACAGGACAUGCAGAGGAAGAUUGAAGAGUUGUAUAAUGAGGUCAAAGCAAGAAGAGAAGCUACCGAGAGCAGCACAAACAACAUCACAAACAAAAACCUGGACAUUACUUUACUUCCGGUCAACUCUCAGUAUAGCCACCAGGCCAAUGGUUAUCAUGAACACCAUGGUCACCCUAACAACAGCUUCCCGAUUCGUCAAUACGGUGAAGAUCCUUCAGUUAUGCGAAGCCUUGGGUUUCACCAUGCCAGUGAAUACUGUAAUGGCUCCAACAAUUACAUGCUUAAUUCCCUGAGCAACAGCAGCCAUUACCCUGCCAGUUGUCAUAAUCUUGAAAGGCAAGAUGCCACUCUAGACAUUCUCAAUGGAUACCUCCAACAGGGCCCAUGUUAUGGAAGGAACCCAAGGAAUCUUGGAGAUCCAAAUUCAAUUCAGAACCCCAAGGUAUAUCCAGUUAUGGACAGUUAUCAAUACAGUGCGAAGACUAGCCCGGUGGCAAACAGGACUGCCUCGUGUGGGGUUCAGGAUGAGACUGAGGAAGCUGAGAACAAAAAGAACACAAAAUCAAGUUGGGAUGACUCCCAAGCCCGCCACGUUAGCUGGAAAGACCCGGUUUCAUCGAAUGAUCUUCCCCCUAAAAAUUCAGUUUCCAAACUGGCAGUCAGACAUAGAGAUGCUUCUCCUGUAACCCCUCGUUCCGCUUACAAUGAGUCAUCACAACAACCAGACAGGAAGUGCCUCUUGCUCGACAGGAAAUCUGGCAGUCCAUCAGUGUUGCGAAAGUUUGGUGCCAUGUUGCAAGAGAAUGAGGGGAAAACCCUGAUAGAGGAUGGUCUUGUGACUACUGUUGUCUCCACUGAACCUCCGAGGCAAACAAGCACUCCCAUUUGCCAGAACAAGUUUGACGCCAAGCGGGCAUCCUCACGUGCGCCUGUCCAGAAAUGCCUUGCAGACUGUGACGUACUGGUAGCACAUGUGGAGCCCAGCCAGGAGUCUUGGGCAGCUGGUCCUUCUAGACACCUCCUCAGUGGAGACAAAGACAGUGGGAGGGGUGGUUGUGUUCUUGAACAGCAUGGCUUGGCUUACAACUUAAGCCCAUCACAGUCUCACCUUAAUUCGGGGUGUCACAAGGUGUCUUCAGUGUCGAAAGCCCACAAUGUUGGCUUCCAGAGUAAGGACCUAUUCUCUGACUACCAGAUGGUGGAAAGGAUUCUGGGAGCAGGAUCUCAAAACUUCAGUAAGGUACACAGAGGACUUGGUGUCGAUAUGAUGAGACUGGGAAAUGACAACUUGGAGCAACUUCUGGAAAUGAUGGAAAUAGAGAACAACAGAAGCCAGAGGCCCAUAUUCACCCAGCAACUGGACAACAAGCAGGUUAACCGUGAGUCAUUUCCUACGCCCAGCAGUAGUAAUUUUUCUCGUCCUGCUCGCCCAGCCAAUCAACGCCGUCCAUCCAGAUGGGCUAAGCAUACUGAACCAAGCAAAGUCGCCCACACAUCCUGCCCACCAAGCCCUGGCCUGAAAGCCAAACAGUUCUUGAAUUCAUAUUCCCGGCACACAGAAACCAUCAUCAUGUGACCAGGAUACAAAAAUCUUCAAAGGAUCACCCAAUGGCAUAGACAAAACUUUGACAUUUUGUAGAACACAAUCUACUUUUUUUGUAUAUAUAACCCCCACCACCACAUCAAAGUACCGUAUUGCAGCCCACUAGGAUGGCCUAUGGUAUUUUCCUUAAAUAACUUCAAAAGGAUAUAGCUUUCAUUUAACUCUGCGCUGUUUGAAGUGCUUUGGAACGGAACUCCAGUGGACAUUCUCUGACAUGGUGAACUUCUGUGCCUAUAAACCCCUCAUUGCCUUUUCUCUUCAUUUCUUUCAGUCAUUCUCAUUAAAUUUUGUAUUCUUUUAUUCUGUUUUCUAUUUUCCUGAGUGCUUUGUGUACAGUGCAGUUCUUGCGGUGCCAUGUAGGGCAUUUUUUGUAACCACAUAAGCAUGUAUGCAACAGGCAUAACAUGUAUUUAAAGAUACAUGGCAACGAGUUAUUAAGCCUUAUCUAUUAUGCAUAAUCUGUAAAGGCGUGUGCAAAUGUUUUGAUGUUCUGUCAUUAAGUCCAUUUCAGUACUGCAUUAGUGCUUCAUAAUACUGACAUGAUGAGGUCAUAACUGGCUCAUAAUGUUUUUAUAAGCCUUAUUUGACUGCGCCUGACGUGGGCUGUAACUACGCGGUGCAUGGCACCUUUUUUGCGGGAACAUGUCUGCAUUCUCCAGCCUUGUAAAGAAAAUGCCAAAUGAAGUGAAUUAUCCUAAGUUCAACAUCUGUGAAAAGUAAAUUAUAUCUUUUGACCAUAUUAUAAUGAAGAAAUGAUUUUGGAAUGUUUAUUGUUGUGAUAUUACCCUUACAAAAAAGUGAUGCUUUUUGUGUUUUUUUCUUUCUCUGGAUAAUAAACGCAAGUGCUUUGACAAGUUAGUGAAACUCUUGAA